AUGGGAGACUGUAAGAAAGAACAAGAAAAUAGAGGUUUCAUUGAAAGAGUAGACGAAAGUUCCAGAGCAAAACGCGUGCAUUAUAUACCACAUCAUGGAGUUGAAAAGAAUUCCACAACAACGCCCAUACGAAUAGUCUAUGACUGUAGUUGCCGCCAAUCAGAAAGAAGUCCAAGUUUAAACGACUGCCUUGAAUCCACACCUCCAGAGCUGAAUGAUCUAACCACCCUUCUGUUAAGAUUUCGGCUUGGUAGAUAUGCAGUAUCAACUGACAUAGAGAAAGCCUUUCUACAUGUCGGUCUACACGAAGAUGACAGAGAUGCUACCAGAUUUCUAUGGUUAUCAGACCCUACAGAUCACAAGAGCCAGCUUGUGACAUACAGAUUUCGAGUUGUCCUUUUUGGAGCCACAUGUUCCCAUUUAUUCUCAAUGCUACAUUACUGA